CAGGAACAGCGACAGUGACAGCGUGCGGCUCCGGCGCCUGUCCGCUAUCCACCCUCUCACUCACCGCCAACACCGACACCAAUGCACGCAGGCACUCAGCUCCCCGCGACACCAGCGCAUCGCGUAACGCCGCUCUCCCGGCGUCUAUUCUAACCACAAUUUCUCUUAAAAGAAAAACAACCUGCUUCUGAACAGCUGAACUACGACAUAACACCGAGCCACAACCACUUUAUAAAAAAAAAAAAAAAAAAAAAAAUUUAACCGUAUAAGCUGAAUGACGGGUGGACGGUUUGACUUCGACGAUGGCGGCACUUACUGCGGUGGAUGGGAGGACGGCAAAGCACACGGGCACGGCAUCUGCACGGGUCCGAAGGGCCAGGGCGAAUACUCCGGGUCCUGGUCCAACGGUUUCGAGGUAGUCGGGGUAUACACCUGGCCCAGCGGAAAUACAUAUCAGGGCUACUGGGCUCAGGGUAAACGGCACGGUCUAGGCGUUGAAUCUAAAGGGAGGUGGCUGUAUCGUGGGGAAUGGACCCAUGGAUUUAAAGGGCGAUAUGGGGUUCGGCAGAGUCUCAAUACACCUGCUAGAUACGAGGGAACUUGGAGUAACGGGCUGCAAGACGGAUAUGGGGUCGAGACAUAUGGCGAUGGGGGUACGUACCAGGGCCAGUGGAUGGGUGGCAUGCGUCAUGGCUAUGGUGUGCGCCAGAGUGUCCCAUACGGCAUGGCAACAGUGAUCCGCUCGCCACUGCGCACCUCAUUGGCCUCGCUGCGCAGUGAGCAGAGCAAUGGCUCCGUGCUGCAUGAAUCAGCGGCGGCAGCAGAUAGCCCAGCGGGCACACGCGGCGGAUUUGUCCUCAACUUCCACAGUGACAGCGAGCUGGGCUCGGGCAAGCGCAAGGGACUAUUCCGCCGUGGUUCACUCUUUGGCAGCCUCAAGCAGCUGCGCAAAUCCGACUCACGCUCAUCCAUCUCGAGCAAGCGCAGCUCGGCACGCAGCGACGCAGCCAUGAGCCGCAUCAGCUCCAGCGACGCCAACUCCACGGUGAGCUUCGGCGACGGCGAUGGGCCCGAUGAGUACGCGCCGACCGAGGACAAUGUGGACGCUACCACCACUGAGGCCUACAUGGGUGAGUGGAAGAAUGACAAGCGGAGUGGCUUCGGCAUCAGCGAGCGUUCAAAUGGCAUGAAGUAUGAGGGCGAGUGGACCAACAACAAGCGCCAUGGCUACGGUUGCACCAUGUUCCCCGAUGGCACCCGGGAGGAGGGCAAGUACAAGAACAACGUACUGGUGCGGGGCAUCAAGAAGCAGCUCAUUCCGCUGAAGAAUACCAAGACGAAGCAGAAGGUGGACCGCGCCGUGGAGGGAGCCAUCCGGGCAGCUGCCAUAGCAAAGACGAAAGUGGAGAUAGCAACCUCUAGAACGGCUCAUGCCAGAGCCAAGGGUGAAGCAGCAGACCAGGCAGCCCUGACUGCCUGCCACGACUCAGACAUCGCCCGGGCUGUAGCCAGAGAGCUGUCCCCUAACUUCCAUCAGCCAGGACCUGAUUAUAUCAAGCAGAGGUUUUCCAGUGAGCCAAUAGAAAUCAAAGAAGUCAUUGAAGAGAAAAAGGAGAAAUCACCCUCAGGAAGCCCCCAUUUCUAUCGCAAGGGCACAACACCCACCCAAACACCAAACCAGAGCCCAGGUCCCACUCCUCCUCCCUCACCCCCACUUAGCAAGAAGAAGCCCUUCUUCAACCGAAGCACCCCCAAAGCCACCAAAGAGAGCAAGGCUCCCACAACUGAGAGUAUGGCGGCAGGCGUACCAACCCCCAGGCAGUCAGCCAAAGCGGAAGUGAAGCAGGAAGUGGUCUCUGCCUACAAGCCGUCGGCGCUGGUCGCCAAACCCUUGAACCCAGGUAACGGUGAGCUCCACUCACAGUACCACAGCUACUACGUGAAAGCAGAGGUGAUGAUCCCACCCGAGGAAUCAGAGGAGGAGGAGCAGAAGGUGACUCAGGCCACCCUCACCAGGAUGCCGCCGCCCACCAAGCAAUACUAUGUCCUCCCUGCCCCAGCCAGAGAGAGCAAGGUAGAGCCCAAGCUGAAGAAACAGGAUUCACUGAAGCCAAAGAGUCUAGCAGAAACCAAGAAAGCCAGCAUGGAGAUUACCACUGACCCAGCUGAAGAAUCAGGUCCCAACUCAAUCCUGGUGGCACUAGUGAUGCUGAUUAAUAUUGGACUAGCGAUAAUUUUUGUCCAUUUCCUGACUUGAUGCUUCAUUAAACUCAGCGAGUUCUUCAGAACACACGGCGUAGGCCCCAUAAUUCUCUGCAGUUGCGUCGACGGCCUUUAAAACCUGCCGCUCAGACUCAGACACAGGCAAAAGGACUGGACGACUGGAAUUAGAGCGAAAACACGGGAGCAAAGCCGAGGCCCCCGAGCUGAGCCCAGCCAGGUCCUCUCACCAUGAUUUGUGACUUGCUUGGGCUCUGUGAAAGCUGAAACAACGUCGUUGGGAGAAGGAAAAAAAUCUGCUGACCCAAGCCGUAUCCAGUCAAGUGCACGUGCACCUCACUGCUGUGGGAGGAGCUAAGCAUGGGGUCGGGGGGGAUCUUAACUGGAUAUGUUCGGAGAUGCACUUUUAGUUGACGGAAGCGAACAGCUGCCUUACUAUUUUGCCGUCUGACGUUGCCAAGGGGAGAUGUGCAGAGCAGAGCUGCCAGUGUGCUUGGACGUCGGGAGUGUGAUGGCGGUGUUCACUCACUGCCCCCAUCGACACUCCACGCACAUUUGCAAAAAGGGUCACCUGCCAGUCUUAUUGCAUCGCCCUCUGUCUCUGAAGUUUCUAACACCUCUUGCUCAUGUCUUUAGGAGGUUAAUCUUUAGGAGGUUAAACUUUGUCUUGAGUACUUGUUUGUUUCUCUGUCUCUGUGUGUGUAUGUGUAUAUGUAUGUGGGUGUGGGUGUGGGGGUGUAGGUGUGUUUAAAUCUAUUGUAUUAUAAAUGUAUUUUUGUUUUGUUUUUUUCUUUUUCUGUAUUUCCAUCCUUGGCUAUAAAACCAUAAGUUGUAGUUUUGUCCCCUUUCUCUACAACAUCAAUUACAGGAGACUGGCAGAUAUGAGCAUCUUUUUUUUUAGUGUGUUUAGAUGUAUUCAUCACACUACCUAAAGACAUUUAAUUUUAUUGGCUCCAACUGAAAAUGAUCAAAGUGGGCUGUUUAAAUUUGAAACUAUAAAAACUUUUGUUGUAAAACUAGAACCAUCAUGAGGCGGCUAUCCUGCAGAACAAAUAUUGUAAAAUAGCUGUAGCAUAUUUUGCAUGGUGUUUAUUUGUUUAUUUAUUUGAUUCAUUUAGAAUUUUAUAAAGGAAUGGCUGGUGCACUCAGCUGUGCACAUGUAGUGAUCAGAGACUGUGCUGGUUAAGAUCUUCUCACCCCUGCUAGUGCUGGACCCAUGACCCCCCAACCCGCUGAGCUGCUGUGUCCGAAUAACACCCCAAGGAGUUGUGUUGAAUGCAUUCAGGUUGAGCCAUUGGUUCUGCAAGUGAAUGUAGAGAGAUGCCUUAAAAGACUUUUAUAACAGUGAUAUAGUUUACCUCAGAAGAUUAGUGCUUUUGAAUUUUUGUCUUAAUUCAUUGGAGAUUUUACUGAAAUCUGCUGUUAUCCAGUAGUAUAUUUAUUUGUCUGGUGGUGCAUGAAGAUGUGGUUUUACUUUAGAUUAAACUGUAUGUGGCACCUUUGCGCCAGUAUUUAAAUUUGAGAAAUAUAUAAAUACAUAUAUUUUAUAUACAUAGUAUGAAUAUAUUUAGUGAGUUGUUGCAUACCUAAAUUAUAUUGUUACAAAGCACAUGUAUUUGCUGAUUGAGUUGAUUAUUUCGUGUGCAUGGUAUAUUUUGAAGUUGGAUACUGCUUCAGGUUCAUUAUGUAGAAGAGAUGGGCUGUGUGUGUGUGUGUGUGUGUGUGUGUGUGUGUGUGUGUUUGUGUGUGUGUAUGUGUGUGUGUAUAUG